GUACUCUUCUUCCUCAAGGAAAAGGAGAAGUUCAAUCUAUAUAUAUCAUCCCAAAAUUGUCUGAUGGAACCUUAGAUUGGCUAUUAAAUACACUAUCAUUAAUUCUUUAUAAGGCUAAGAAAAAGACUUUGAGCAACAGGGCCAAAAGUUAAAAAUGCCUCUAAUGAGAAAUUGCAAUUUCAACAUGCUUACUAUCAGACGCUUCCUGUCCUUCAAGUACGUGAUAUUUUUUCUGAUGUGGGAUGGAGGAUUUGCUACUGCUGCAGCUGGAGAUGAAGGAAAGAAUGCAACUGCAGCACCAACUCAUUUCUCAGUACACAUUGGAACAGUUCUUGAUUACAAUACUUCCAUGGGAGCCAUGGCAGAUUUAUGCAUUUCUAUGGCGCUCUCGGAUUUCUAUGCUGUGCAUUCAGAUUAUCAAACGAGAUUAGUUCUUCACACGAAAUAUGCUCAUGAUGAAUUGGAUGGAGCAUCCGCAGUCUUUGAAUUGAUGCAGAAUGAAGAAGUGCAUAGCAUUUUGGGCCCACAAAUGUUGACAGAAGAUGAAUUUGUGGUGCAACUAGGAGGAAAAGCUCAUGUGCCUGUUAUAUCCUUCAGUGCUAGAAGUCAAUCUCUUUCCUCCAGACAAAGUCCUUACUACAUUCGGACAACACCAGAUGAUUCAAACCAAGCGAAAGCUCUGGCUGCCCUCUGCCGAGGAUUUGAAUGGCAUGAAGCAGUCAUUUUGUAUGAAGAUUCUGAUUAUGGCAGUCAAUUUCUUUCCAGGAUAUAUGAUGCAUUCCAAAAGGAUGACAUUCAAGCAGCUUAUGUGGUCCCAAUCUCGACAUCAGCUGCAGACCAUCACAUUCGGAAAGAACUGAACAGACUGAAGACAAUGCAGACUAGGGUCUUCCUGGUGCAUAUGAAUUCUGAACUUGGAUCUAGGCUUUUUCUUCUUGCCAAACAUGCCGGAAUGACAAGUGAAGGGUAUGCCUGGAUCAUUACUGAUGGCAUAGGAAAUUUCAUGAACUCUAUCGAUUCUGAUGCUGUUGAUUCCAUGGAAGGUGUUUUAGGCCUAAGGUCUUAUGUACCAGCAUCAAGAAAUCUAGAAAAUUUCAAAACCAGGUGGAAGAAGAAUAUGCUUCUGAUGAAACCCGAGAGUACAUUGACAGAGCUAAAUGUGUAUGGUUUAUGGGCAUACGACACAAUUUGGGCAUUAGCGAUGGCGGUGGAAAAAAUUGGACCAGUAAAUCUUGGCUUCUUGGAGUCAGGCAACAGCAAGAAUGGAAGUGAGAUUUUUAAUCUGAGAAUUUCUCAACUGGGCCCAAAACUUCUAAGAGAGCUCCAAAAUACAACAUUUGAAGGCUUGUCUGGAGAGUUCCACUUAAUUGAUGGACAGCUGAAACCUUCACCUUUGGAGAUAUUCAAUGUUUAUGCAACUGGAGACAGAGCAAUAGGUUAUUGGACACCGGAUGGAGGAAUAACACGAAAAUUAGCUUUAACAGGUCGCCUGAAAUAUUCAACUUCCACAAAGGAAUUAAAAAGCAUUGUCUGGCCUGGAGAUUCAGUAAAGCAGCCAAAAGGUUGGUCUAUUCCUUCAACAGGGAGAUUAAAAGUGGGGAUCCCUAAGAAAAAUGGUUUCACUGAAUUUGUCAAUGUUUCAACAGAUCCUCAGACAAAGCAGGUUAAAGUCUCUGGUUAUUCAAUAGACAUAUUCCUUUCUGCAUUGCAACAGCUACCUUUCAGUGUUGAUUAUGAAUUUAUUCCUUUUACAAAUGAAAGUGGACUCAGUAAUGGAACAUAUGACGAACUUCUUCAAAACAUACUAGGCAAGACUUUUGAUAUGGUGGUUGGUGACACAACGAUUUUGGCUGACCGGACAAAAUAUGUUGAUUUUACACUGCCAUACUCUGAAUCCGGAACUGUUAUGGUGGUUAAACCCAAAAAAGAGAAAGACAUGUGGGUAUUCAAAAAGCCUUUUAGUUGGGAUCUUUGGCUAACGAUUGUCAGUAUCUGCAUUUUUAUUGGAAUAGUCCUUCGAAUAUUAGAGAACCGAGCAAAGAAGGAUUCAGAUUCUCUUAGACCACAUGAACAGCAACUUGGCUUGCUCUUUUGGUUUCCAAUUGCAGUUCUCGCUUUUCCUGAAAGGAAUAUGGUUGUCAACAAGUGGUCGAGGUUUGUGUUGGCUGUAUGGUUGUUCAUGGCUUUCAUCCUGAUGCAGAGCUAUACAGCAAAUUUAUCAGCAAUGUUUACAGUAGACCAGUUUGAUUUCAGAUUUUCCGAUGAUUAUAACGUUGGCUGCCAAUCAGGUACCUUUAUGAGGGAUUUCUUGAUAAAUCGUCUCCACAUUAAUUCGUCAAGGAUCAAAGAAUACUCAACCAUUGAUGAAUAUCAUGAUGCCAUGUCUAAUGGCAGCAAAAAUGGAGGAAUUGAUGCCAUUUUUGAUGAAAUCCCUUAUAUGAAACUGUUUCUUGGUCGAUAUGAUUCCAAAUACAAAAUAGUUGGACCUACGUACAGGACAGAUGGAUUUGGCUUUGCACUCCCAUUAGGAUCUCCACUGGUAGUCCCUUUCUCAAGGGCAAUCCUUGCAGUGACAGAAGCUACAAACCUGACUGCAAUAGAGCAGAAAAACUUUGGACUUAGAUACUCUUCUGAUAAUCAAAAUGAUGCAAUCAACAAAGCUAGCCCCAGUUUAACUGCUUACAACUUUGGAGGACUUUUUAUCAUAACAGGCUUAGCAUUGAUAUUUGCACUGUUCUGCUCCGAGACUCCAGUUGGUCGAAUCGUCGCAGUGGCAACAUCUUAUGGCCACAAAUGUUUCUCUUUACUAUCAUUCAGAAGAAACGGCAAAUCAAGGGGUCGCUCAAUGGUCCAUGCUGAUUCCAAUGGAGAUUCAUCUAGCGAAGAAGAAGUUCGAGGGCCUGACCAGUUCAAUGUAAAUGAUUUGUCAGGACCAGGCAUAGAUCAUGAUUCAGGGAAAAGCCAUCUAAUUACUCCAGCUAGAGAUGGUGAAGCUAAUGAAACUGUGGAAAGUGAAUCAAUCCAGGAAGUUCAGCUAACUGAUCAAACAAGCACCGAUGUUUCAGCUAGACAAACUGGUUCUUGAAUAAGCAUAUAGUAAUGUAAAUAUUUCAGACAGGAAAGAAAGGGAAUCCCAGGCUUCAAUGGUUUCAGCAAAUAGUUCUUGCAGCCAGCUUUUGGGAUGCAGAUGAUCCGGGACAAACAUGAGCGGGAGUUAUUCAUGCUGGUUAAUCUGUAGACCUUUUAACUGAGCCUGUGCUCUAGCCUUUUAAAUAGAGCUUUGGGUACAAUACAUGUAGACAGCUACUUUAUCUUUCACUGUAACCAUGGUCGAGUUGUUUUGAGCAGCUACCCAAAAAAAAAAGAGAAGGGAUUGUGUGGUUACAUAAUACGGCACAUAUUUUGCCUUUGUGUCUAAUAAUGGAAUGAAAUUAAUAGUGUAAUAA